UGACAAUGAUUUCCUUUCAGAUGCAGUUCAUGCUGCUUUUCAGCAGACAGGGCAAGCUGCGGCUGCAGAAGUGGUACGUGCCCCUGUCGGACAAGGAGAAGAAGAAGAUCACCAGGGAGCUGGUGCAGACCAUCCUGGCUCGCAAGGCCAAAAUGUGCAGCUUCUUGGAGUGGAGAGACCUCAAGGUUGUCUACAAGAGAUACGCCAGCUUGUACUUCUGCUGCGCCAUCGAGGAGCAGGACAACGAGCUGAUCACGCUGGAGAUCAUCCACAGAUAUGUGGAACUGCUGGACAAAUACUUUGGCAGCGUGUGCGAGCUGGACAUCAUCUUCAACUUUGAGAAGGCCUACUUCAUCUUGGACGAGUUCCUGCUGGGCGGCGAAGCUCAGGAGACGUCCAAGAAGAAUGUGCUCAAGGCCAUCGAGCAGGGCGACCUGCUGCAAGAGAACAUAGACUCUGAGAUGCGCAUGUUUGCAGCCCCGUCACGAGUACUUUAAUGUGCCUUUGUACUGACUGGCUGCCACGCCCGUGCCAUGCAUGCUCAGCACCUUUUGCUCCGCACCACGUCCUUGUGCCUUGUAGCCCAAGCCCGACCGUACCCACCCGCGCAGGCGUGAUGCACCGCAACUGUCAUACAUGUGGCUGUUACCUUCUUUGUUACGUGACAGAGCUUGCCACUCAAUCUGCUUGUUGAAGUUGUGUCGUGGCCAAGCUUAUAACUGAAUUUGUACUCUUUGUACGCUUUGUCUUUUUUUUUACGGCUUCUAUUUCAGAAAAUGGAGUCUUGUUUUUUUCUUGUAUGCCAUUCAUGCAUGUUACCUGUUCUUCUAUCUCGUCUAUUUUUAGUUUUUAAAUUGUAUCUCUUGACAAGCACAAUCUUUGCGAUGCUUAUAGAAGUGUCACUUUCUAUUAAUAUUUUUAGUGUGGUAUUAAUGAUCCGAACAUUUGCUAUUUUUGCACCGAUAUUAACCAAAGGCCUAAUUGACCUUCCACGUAAGUAAUAUCGAAAGCUUUAUAAGAAGCUGAUAGAGGGACACAAGUAUUUGCAAUCUGACUAAUCAGCACCGUUUUUUUUAUGAUACAGUGCAAUAGUUUGAUAUGUAGGUUUAUGAAUAAUAAAUAUGUUGUGAUUCUUA